UCAUCAGAACCAUAAUAAUUAUCUUACACUAAUCUUCUGCUGCUAUGGUUGAUUCCGGCAACGAGAAGCUGCAGAUUGGUGAAGUUGUUUUAGCAAACCAUGAUUUGCAUGUUACGAACAACAAUGAUCCGAGUGAAGUAGCUGAGAAGAAAGCGAAGAAGAGAAAAUCAAAAAGUUCCGACAAAAGUAGAAAGAAACCCUCCGUAGAGACACCAACAGAAGCAAAAGACGAUGAAAAAGGCGAGGGAAGUGGCACUAGAAUGGGAGAGAACCAGCAAAUUUGUGAUGCAGACCAAGAGGAGCAUGUUGAUGGUCAUUUCAUUGAUGUUGAGGCCAGUCUUGAUCUUAUGGGGACAAUGGAACAAGACCUUCAAAAGGAGGUAGGAAAUGCUGAUUUAGUCAUGAUUGAUGACCAAGAGAAGGAUCUUGAGAAAGCUUUAAUGGUUGUGGAUAAUCUUUUAACUGAAUUAAACCAAUAUACUGAUGAUGUUGAGAACGAAGGUCUCAUAGUAGAUCUUGUUAAUGCUACUUCUGAAGCAAUUAAAAACGAAACUGAGAUGGGAACCAAGGAAAAAGAUGGUGAUGAGGAGGCUAAAUCUGAGAAGCCUAAGAAGAAAAAAAGAUCAAAGAAAGGCAAGACUCCGGCUAAAGAAGAUGCUCUAGUUGCUUCUAGCUCAAGGAACGCUGGGGAAUGUGUGUUUGUAACUACAAACAUUGAUACUCGUCUCGGCGUUCUAUCGGACAAGGAUGAUAGUGUAUCUACUUUCAGAGACAAAAUCUGCAAAGAGCAUGAACAGUGUUUCCCAAGUUUUGGGAAAAUUACCAUCUCUGCUUUGAAGGUUAGAUGUGGUGGUCAACUUUAUCAUUUGGUUGAUUCGCUGAUUUUGAACAUAGCUUUCCCAAGCAACGACUCGUUUCUAUUUGUGGACGUGGUGAGUGUUGAGGAGAAGGGUAUUAUGCUGACUGGAGAAGCUGCUUUUUCAAACCCUAAGUUACUUGAGAGAGAGACCAAUGAUUUGACGAUUAAGGAAGCUCUGGUAACACAAGCUGCUGAUAAGAAAACUAGAAAGAGGAAACAUAAAACUUCAGAUAGCGCGCAUGCCAACGAAAGUCGUAAGAAACGCUCUCUUGGUGACGAGUCAAGUGAUAAAGGAGAGGUUCCAACUGGAACAAUAGGCAAAGACCUUGAAAAGGGAGAAAAGAGUGCUGCUACGGUUGAACAAGAGAAGGAUCUUGCACUUGUGGAUGAUGAGAAAGAGAGUCACAAAGAUGAUGUUUGUUUAGGAGCAAUAGUCCAAGACGUCAAUCAAUCCGCUGAUGUUGAGAGCGACAAAGAUGGUGUUGAUGCAACUUCGGCAUCUUUACCAAACCCGAGAGGAGACAAGCCUGUUAUCAAUAUCCUUGUAUUAAUGGCGCCUGUUCCAAACAAGAAAGGAAGGCCAAAGAAAGAUGCUGAUGAGGCUACUACAUCUGUGAAGGCUGCUAAGAAAGGAAGGGCAAAGAAAGACAAGCAGGAGAAUGUGGAAAAAGUUGUGAAGAAAUCAAGUAAAAAGUCAAGGAAGAAACAAUCUUCGGAGGUUGUGGAGGAGGAGGCUUAAGUAUUUGUCAUCUGAGAUAACAAAACAAAUGCUCUGCUAUGAGCAUCAUUGUUCUCAUUUCUGUAUUUUUUUUCUUUCUCUAUGCUACUGAACAUUGAUGCUUUUCCCAGUUUCAAGUAACUUAUUUCCGGUUUUUUAUUUAUUUAUCAUGAGGUUGGUUUUAGUGUUUUAA